AUGCCCACGUCAGCGUCCGCCUCGGAAGCCCGCCGGGAAUUCCGCUUCUGCAUCGAUCGCGGCGGCACGUUCACCGACAUUUACGCCGAGGUUCCUGGCGACCCGCCCUUCCGCGUAGUUAAACUGCUUUCCGAGGACCCUCUUAACUACGAUGACGCGCCGCGAGAAGGAAUUCGCCGCAUUCUUGAAGAGGUCACGGGCGAGAAGAUUCCACGAAACGCGCCGCUUCCUACGGAGCGAAUCGAUUGGAUCCGCAUGGGGACCACCGUCGCGACGAACGCGCUGCUGGAGCGCGCCGGCGAACGGACGGCUCUCUGCGUGACACGUGGCUUUCCGGAUCUGCUGCGGAUCGGCAACCAGGCGCGGCCGCGCAUCUUCGAUCUGACGGCUCGGCGCGCUUCACUGCUGUACGAGGAGGUGGUGGAGGUGGAGGAGCGCGCGCAGGUGCUUCCGGGGGAAGAGGCGCAGGGGGAGGGCCUGGGGAAGGGGGGCGGCGGGGGGGAGGCGGAAGGCGGGGGAAAGGUUGGGGAGGGUGAGGCUGACGGGGGGGAGGAGGGGGGAAAGCGCACGGUGCGCGGAGUUUCGGGGGAGCUAGUGCGCGUGCUAGUGCCGCUUAACAUCGAAAAGACUCGAGCCGCGCUGGAGAAGGUGUUGGCACGUGGCAUCAAGUCAUUGGCCAUCGCGUUCCUCCACUCGUACACCUUCCCAGACCACGAGUGCGCAGUGGCGGCUUUAGCGCGGGAGAUGGGCUUUAAUCAGGUCUCUGCGUCGAGCGAUCUCGUUCCAAUGGUCAGGAUCGUGCCACGUGGACACACUGCCUGCGUGGACGCGUAUCUGACCCCUGCUAUACGCACCUACGUGGGGAAGUUCUUAGCAGGGUUUGACUCGGGUCUUGCUGACGUGGCAGUGUCGUUUAUGCGGUCGGACGGAGGGUUGACUCCCGCCCAAGCCUUUACGGGUUACCAAGCCAUCCUGUCAGGUCCGGCAGGAGGCGUGGUUGGGUUUGCCCGAACCACAUUCGAGUUUGAGGCUCGGGAAAUGGAGGGUCUGGAAGGACUCCUGUCUGACGUCAGCAGCAGCAAAGAAAACAGCCAAAACGAUAACGACCAUACAAAAGACGACUCUAUUGGUGCUGAUACAGCAGCAGAGGGAGCGAUGAGGUGUCGCCCCGUGAUUGGCUUUGACAUGGGUGGCACAUCUACUGACGUGUCAAGAUACGCAGGUGGUGCAUACGAGCAGGUUCUAGAAACCACCACUGCCGGCAUCACCAUCCAAGCCCCCCAGCUCGACAUAAACACUGUAGCAGCGGGCGGCGGCUCUCGUCUUUUCUUCGAGUCGGGCAUGUUACGUGUGGGGCCCGCGUCAGUGGGAGCCCAUCCCGGCCCGGUCUGCUACAGGAAGGGCGGGCAGCUGGCGGUGACAGAUGCCAACCUGCUAUUGGGCCGCGUGCUGCCCGAAUAUUUUCCUGCCAUUUUUGGGCCAAAUGAGGACCUCCCAUUGGACGAGCAGGCGGCAAGGGAGGCAAUGGCUGAGCUGGCAAAAGAAGUGAGCCGCGGGAUGGGUGGGGGGGAGGGUGAGGGGGGCAAGGAGGGGGAGGGGGGGCAGGAGUCAGGGCAGGGGAGAAUGUCAGUAGAAGAGGUGGCGAUGGGGUUUAUCCGCGUGGCAAACGAGGCAAUGUGCCGGCCAAUCAGAGAGCUCACCGAGGCUCGGGGACACGAAACCAGCUCGCACGUGCUCGCUUGCUUCGGCGGCGCCGGACCUCAGCAUGCGUGCGCCAUCGCCCGGUCCCUCGGGAUCUCCACGGUGUUUGUGCAUCGGCUGUGUGGGAUUUUAAGCGCGUACGGCAUGGGGUUGGCAGAUCGGGUGGUUGAGAUGCAAGAGCCUGCUGCCGAGGUGUGCUCCAAUGAGAGCCUGCCACGUGUGCUGGCCCGGGCGGCGCGGAUGGAGGAGGAAGUGCGGGUGGCGCUGUGCGGACGGGGGAGUGAGGGGGGUGGGAGUGAGGGAGAAGGAGAGGGAGGAGAGGGAGGGGAGGGGAGGAGAGAGGGCGGUGAGGAGGCAGGGGUGUGGACGCAGGUGCUUCUGAACCUUCGUUAUGACGGCACUGACACGGCCCUCAUGGUGGAAGCACCACCCACACACUCUCUCCCCUCCACCACGCCCUCUUCCACCUCUCCUUCAUCCACCAUUCCCCCUGCCACCCACCCGGCAGCGUCGUUUGACUUCCUGGGCGCGUUCAAGCGGCGGUUUGAGCGCGAGUUCGGGUUCGACCUGCAGGGCGACCGGCGCGUGCUCAUCGACGACGUGCGAGUCAAGGGCGUGGCUCCCUCCGGCGUGCUGCAGCAGACCGCCAUUCCCAGGGCUGGGGGAAGUGAAGUGGGGGAUUCAGAAGGAGGCUUGGUGGCAGCAGGGGCGUUAGAGGCGGAGGCAGUGCAGCACCGGGUGUACUUUGAAGGCGGCUGGCGGCAGACGGCAGUAUUCCGGCUGGAGAAGCUGCGGUGGGGGCAUGUGGUGGCUGGGCCGGCAGUGAUUCUGAAUGGGACGAGCACUGUGGUGGUGGAGCCGGGGUGCAGUGCUGGGAUUACCAAGUAUGGCAAUAUCGUCAUUGCUGUGGGGCACACGUCGCAUGACAGUGAUGUCGAGGGAGGAGCAGCAGCAACAGCUGCAUCAGCAGCAGGAGCAGGAGCAGGAGCAGGAGCAGGAGCAGGAGCAGCAGCAGCAGCAGGAGCAGGAGCAGCAGCAGCAGCAGCAGCAGCAGAGGCUAGAGGAGCAGAAGCAGCACCACUAUCAACAGGAGCCUUCCCUUCCUCCUCCCCCGCAGUCCCCUGGGACGUGGUGCGGCUGUCCAUCUUCGGCAAUCGCUUCAUGGGCAUCGCGGAGCAGAUGGGGCGGACGCUGCAGCGCACCGCCAUCUCAACCAACAUCAAGGAGCGCCUCGACUUCUCCUGCGCGCUCUUCUCCCCGGAUGGGGGCCUCGUGGCCAACGCUCCCCACGUGCCGGUGCAUCUGGGGGCUAUGUCGGAUACGGUGAGAUGGCAGCUGGAGUAUUGGGGGAGAGGGGCGGGGGUGGCGGAGGGCGGGUUGAAGGAAGGGGAUGUGCUUGUAACGAAUCAUCCCUGUGCUGGGGGGAGUCACCUGCCGGAUAUCACUGUAGUCACGCCGGUGUUUCGCGAGGGUAGGAUUAUUUUUUUUGUCGCGAGUCGCGGGCAUCAUUCGGAGAUUGGGGGAAGUACCCCUGGGAGCAUGCCGCCGUUUUCACGGAGUAUUUGGGAGGAGGGGGCGGCGAUUCGGACAAUGAAGCUGGUGAAGGGAGGGGUUUUCCAGGAAGAGGCGAUUCGAGCGGUGCUGCUGGAGGGACAGGUGUUGGAAGGGGUGAUGGCAGGUGGAGCGGGGUUGAGUGGGUCCGAACAGGUCGGUGGAAGAACAGUGCGGCGUGUGCCGGGCACACGCCGCAUCGAGGAUAACCUAUCAGAUCUGCGGGCACAGGUGGCGGCAAAUCAGCGGGGCAUUGAGCUUAUAGGGGAGCUGGUGGAGGAGUGUGGGCUGGAAACGGUGCUAGCUUAUAUGGGGUACGUGCAGGUGAAUGCGGAGCAGGUGGUGCGACGCAUGCUCACCCGCACUGCCCUGAAACACCUAGAGAGCCAGAAGCAGGCGUCUCAGGAGCCCGCCUCACAGGAGGCUUCACAGGAACAGCGAAAGGCCUCCAAGCAGGCGUCCCAGGCGUCCCAGGCGUCCCAGGCAUCCCAGGCACAGCAGGGUGCAGCUGACAAGACCCUACCAUCUGAUGGUGACGGUGAGCGUGAUGCGGAUGGGCAGCAGGUGGUGGUGCUGCAAGGAGAGGACCGCAUGGACGAUGGCUCAUUGAUCCGCCUGCGCAUCUCCAUCCACCCUUCCUCCGGCUCAGCCCACUUCGACUUCACAGGCACCAGCCCUGAGGUCUACGGCAACUGGAAUGCCCCUACUGCCGUCACCACGGCUGCUAUAAUCUACUGCCUGCGCUGCCUGGUGGAUUCGGAUAUACCCCUCAACCAGGGGUGCCUGGCGCCUGUAAGGAUUACUCUCCCGCUGCAUUCGCUGCUCUCGCCGAGUGACACUGCUGCUGUUGUGGGCGGGAACGUGCUGACGUCGCAGCGGGUGACGGAUAUCAUUCUCGCCACGUUUGCCGCGGCGGCGAACUCGCAGGGGUGUAUGAACAACCUCACGUUCGGCGAUGGGACUUUCGGGUAUUAUGAGACGAUAGCAGGAGGGGUGGGGGCGGGGCCGGCAUGGCAGGGAGAAGACGGGGUGCAGAGCCACAUGACCAACACCAGAAUUACAGACCCUGAGGUGCUAGAGAGACGCUAUCCUGUGCUUCUGAGAAGGUUCAGGCUGCGGCAGGGGAGCGGCGGGAGUGGGGAGAGGCGGGGCGGGCAUGGGGUGGAGCGGGAGGUGGAAUUUCUACGGCCUGCUACUGUCAGUAUGCUGUCUGAGAGGCGGGUUUUGGCGCCGAAUGGGGGCGCGGGCGGCGGGUGUGGUGCGAGGGGGUUGAAUCUGCUGCGGAUCACGCGGGAUGGGAGGGUGGUGAAUUUGGGAGGGAAGGCGAGUGUGGGGGUGGAGAGGGGGGAUACGCUGCUGGUGUGCACGCCCGGGGGAGGGGGGUGGGGCUUGGUUGGUGCAGCGGGGUAUGUGCCAAGUGCAGAGGCGAGCUGGCCUAAGUUCAGCUCGGGUUUGGGCGAAGAGGAGUUCCUUGGGCAGCCAGCGCCUGACACGUCUUCGUCCGAAGAUCCAGAGAGUGGUGGUGCCGCAUCAUCCGAUGAAAGUGUUCCCUAUCCUCUCCCUCGCUUUCCCAAUGAUGUGCUGCGCGAUGUCGACCCUGCCUCAGUGACCCGUGAUGCUGUAACCCCCGAUUCCCGCAACAGGGUCAACAAGCACAAGCGCCACGCUCGCUCAAUGGCGGAGAAGACCUCGUGGCUGACGCGGAUGCGCGAUGAGCACCUCACGGUACGCGAAACUGCACGGAUGGCCGGCGUGCAACCUGUCAGCAUCCGGCGCUGGAAGAAGGUGGCUGAGCAGAUGGCAUCGGCGUCUGGCAGCCGUCUGCGGCUCUCAGGUGGCGGGCGGCGAGCUCGCUACCCCGACAUGGAGCUCUCUGUUUACAAGCAGUUCCUCUCCCACAGGUCGCGGGGACUGGCGGUCCCGAUUAAGCUGCUGCAGACGUGGAGCCGGAUUUUGAUGAAGAACCGGCACCCUGAGAACGUGCUGCUCCCUCAGACGCGCCCCCGCCCAGGCAUCACCCGCAGCAGGGCGCUGCUCGUGUUGGACUCGUACCGUGGGCAUCUCACGGACGCAGUACGGAGCACGCUUCUCUGGCAUCGCAUCACGCCAGCCAUCACUCCUGGCGGGUGCACGCCUCUCCUGCAGCCAUUGGACGUGAGCAUCAAUCGCUCGUUCAAGGCUGGCGUCCGGCAGAUGUACAACGACUGGUUUGCCGAGUACGGCAUCAACACCCUGACCCCUGCUGGUAAGAAACUUCUUCUUUGUGCCUAUUCUGUUUCCAUUCCUACAAAAUUCUAA